CUUUUUCCUUCCCUCUUUUUCUUUGUAUAUAUUUGUCUUUUUCUGAUUCUCUCCCAGAGCUGAAGAAAAAAAGGAAGAGGAAAGCCAAAACUCCAAACUUUCUAUUUUGCUUUUAUAUUAUAUUUUUUUUGGUUCAAUUCAGUUUCACCAUUUCCUUUGCAUGUAGAUGCUCUUUGGUUAGUCUCUAACGCCGCUACUUGGACUCACUUUCCGCUGCUAUCUUUUUUUCGGCUUUCUCAUGGCUAAUAACACCAACGAGGCCCCCGCCGCCGAUGAUUUCCUCGAGCAAAUCCUCGGCCUCCCUAACUUUGCGCCCUCUGAAACGGGCUUAGCUGGAUCCGACGCUGGAUUGGCUGCAACCGCUCCUGGAGCUGGAGCUCCAAUGUUUUUGCAGCUCAGCUCCGGUGAUGGCGCCGCUCAUAUCGGCGGAAUCGGCGGCGGUGGAGGCGGUGCGUUUCAUGGGCAGGUUUUCCCCUUGGGCUUGAGCUUGGAGCAAGGGCAAGGCGGGUUUUUGAAACCCGAGGAAGCUUCCGGUAGUGGGAAGCGGUUUCGGAACGGGGUCGUUGAUGACCGGGCUUCUUCUGUAAAAAAUGUUUUCCAUGGCCAACCUAUGCAAGCAACUGUUUCUGCAGCACCACAUCCACCGACAAUGCGUCCAAGGGUGCGCGCUAGACGAGGACAGGCCACGGAUCCUCACAGCAUUGCUGAACGGUUGCGCAGGGAGAGAAUUACUGAAAGAAUCAGGGCAUUGCAGGAACUUGUUCCUAGUGUCAACAAGACUGAUAGGGCAGUCAUGCUUGAUGAAAUUGUAGAUUAUGUCAAGUUCCUGAGGCUCCAAGUUAAGGUUUUGAGCAUGAGUAGGUUGGGCGGAGCUGGUGCAGUGGCACCGCUUGUAACAGACAUUCCACUAUCAUCAGUAGAGUAUGAAAGCGGUGAGGGUGGAAGAAGCCAGCCAGCAUGGGAGAAGUGGUCAAAUGAUGGCACAGAGCAACAGGUAGCUAAGCUGAUGGAAGAAAACGUUGGAGCUGCCAUGCAAUUCCUCCAAUCAAAGUCUCUUUGCAUUAUGCCUAUCUCACUAGCCACUGCAAUUUACCACACACAGGUACCAGAUACCUCCUCUGUUGUUAAGCCAGAAACAAUUCCUCCUGCAUAGACCUGAGGGGAAAAAAAGGGUAGGCAUCCCACAGUCCAUCCUUCAUCCCGCCUUUUAUUUGUCCUAUUCUAACACACCCACUCCCUCCCUCUCUGGCUUGAAAAUGCCAUCAAAGUCAGAUGCCAUAGCUCUUGCUUUUUGCCUUCCUUUCCAGCUCUUUUUCGAUUUUUCAAAACAGGGUUUGAUGUCAAUGCCUUAAAAAAAUCAGAGACAGGCAAUUGAUGUCUCGACAAGUUCGAGUAAAGGGGAAGAAUUGUCAAAUUUCACUUGAUAUGCUCUUCUUUUUUGUAUCAAAAGGGGGAUAGUGGACAAUGAUGGGAGCACUUUUGUAGUGGGGCUCUGAUUUUGUGGUUAGUGGAUUGUGGGACCUGCAAAGAAAAAAAAAAGGAUAGAGAUGAUCCAGAGUAUAAUAUUGUUAUUGUAACAAUGUAUUUUGAAGAUAAAAUCGAAUGCAAAAGUAGAAGAAUUGAUAUUA